AUGGCCCUGCUGCUCCUGGGGCUGCUGGGCCUCUGGGGGCUGCUGGGCCUCUGGGGGCUGUUGUGGGCCCGGGCCCGGUGCCCAUCCUCAGCCCCCCGCUGGCCCCCGGGGCCUCGGCCACUGCCGCUCAUCGGCAACCUGCACUUGCUGCGUGGGAGCCAGCAGGACUGGUCACUGAUGGAGCUCUCAGAGCGGUACGGGCCGGUGUUCACCGUCCACCUGGGGCUGCAGAAGACGGUGGUGCUGGCCGGCUACGAGGCGGUGAGGGAGGCUCUGCUGGACACCGGGCAGCAGCUGGCUGACCGCCCCCCCAUCCCCAUCUUCCACCUCAUCCAGCAAGGCGGGGGCAUCUUCUUCGCGUCCGGGGCUCGCUGGAGGGCCGCCCGCCAGUUCACCGUGCGGGCCCUGCACAGCCUGGGCGUGGGGCGGGGGCCCGUGGCCGGCAAGGUGCUGCAGGAGCUGGUGUGCCUCACACAAGAGCUGGACGGCUACAGAGGCCAGCCCUUCCCCCUGGCCCUACUCGGCUGGGCUCCCUCCAACGUCACCUUCGCGCUGCUGUUCGGCCAGCGGUUCCGCUACCAGGACCCCGUGUUCCUGGCCCUGAUGGGCCUCAUCGACGAGGUCAUGGUCCUCCUAGGGUCCCCUGGCGUCCAGCUGUUCAACGCCUGCCCCUGGCUGGGGGCCCUGCUGCAGCUGCACCGGCCGGUCCUGCGCAAGGUCGAGCAGGUCCGCGCCAUCCUCAAGACCCUCCUGGAGUCACGGCGGCCCCCCAGGCCCGGGGCAGGCCCAGUGCAGAGCUACGUGGACGCCCUGAUCCGGCAGGGCCAGGGGGAUGGCCCCCAGGGCCUGUUUGCCGAGGCCAAUGCCGUGGCCUGUACCCUGGACAUGAUCAUGGCCGGCACGGAGACCACCUCGGCUACGCUGCAGUGGGCUGUGCUGCUGAUGGCCAAGCACCCAGGAGUGCAGGGCCGCGUGCAGGAGGAGCUGGACCGUGUGCUGGGCCCCAGGGGGCAGCUCCGGCCGGAGGACCAGGGGGCCCUGCCCUACACCAGUGCGGUGCUCCACGAGGUGCAGCGCUACAUCACACUGCUGCCCCACGUGCCCCGCUGCACGGCGGCCGACACCCGGCUGGGCGGCUACCUGCUCCCCAAGGGCACACCUGUGAUCCCCCUCCUCACCUCGGUGCUCCUGGACAAGACGCAGUGGGAGACCCCGGGCCAGUUCAACCCCAACCACUUCCUGGACGCUGACGGACACUUUGUGAAACGCGCAGCCUUCCUGCCCUUCUCUGCAGGCCGCCGAGUCUGUGUCGGCGAGCGCCUGGCCAGGACGGAGCUGUUCCUGCUGUUUGGGGGCCUCCUGCAGAGGUACCGCCUGCUGCCCCCGCACGGCACCAGCCCUGCCGCCCUGGACACAGAGCCGGCCCGGGCUUUCACCAUGCGUCCACGGGCCCAGGCCCUGCGUGCGGUACCCAGGCCUUAGGCGCACCCCCGCCAGGUGGGUGGCCUCCCUGGGUGCCCACUGGGCCCUCGGCCUUUACCCAGUCCCGUCCCCUCACCCAAGCAUGUCCAGUGGGGGCACCCCUCCUGCCUGCCCCAGGCUCCUGGACCCCAGUCCUGCACUCUGCCAGGCCCCUC